AUGAUGAUAUCAAACGGAAUCGAAGACGAGGAGAAAUGGCUUGCCGAAGGCAUCGCCGGAAUUCAACACAAUGCAUUUUAUUUGCAUCGCGCUUUGGAUUCGAAUAAUCUGAGAGAAGCACUUAAAUACUCGGCGCAGUUGUUGUCUGAGCUUCGAACUUCGAGACUCUCGCCUCACAAAUAUUAUGAGCUAUAUAUGCGCGUGUUUGAUGAAUUGAGGAGGCUGGAAAUGUUCUUCAAGGAUGAGGACAGGCAUGGUUGUCCAGUGGUUGAUCUAUAUGAACUUGUUCAACAUGCUGGAAACAUUUUGCCUCGACUGUAUCUCCUGUGUACAGUUGGUUCUGUUUAUAUAAAAUCGAAAGAGGCUCCUGCUAAAGAUGUUCUCAAAGACCUUGUUGAAAUGUGUCACGCUGUUCAGCAUCCCAUACGUGGGCUCUUUUUGAGGAGUUAUCUUGCUCAAAUUAGUAGAGACAAAUUACCCGAUAUUGCUUCGGAGUAUGAAGGUGAAGGUGACACUUUCAUGGAUGCUGUAGAAUUUGUGCUGCAAAAUUUUGCGGAGAUGAACAAACUUUGGGUCCGGAUGCAGCACCAGGGACCUGUAAGAGAGAAAGAGAAACUUGACAAGGAAAGGAACGAGCUGCGUGAUCUUGUUGGGAAAAAUUUACAUGUUCUCAGUCAGAUAGAAGGUGUUGACCUUGAAAUCUAUAGAGACACUGUUCUUCCAAGGGUGUUGGAGCAGGUUGUUAAUUGUAAGGAUGAACUUGCCCAAUAUUAUUUGAUGGACUGCAUAAUUCAGGUCUUUCCAGAUGAGUACCAUUUGCAGACCCUUGAGACAUUAUUGGGAGCUUGCCCUCAACUUCAAUCUGCAGUUGACAUCAAGACUGUUUUAUCCGGACUGAUGGAGAGAUUGUCAAACUAUGCUGCUUCAUGUCCAGAAGUCUUACCUGAAUUUUUGCAAGUUGAAGCAUUUACCAAGUUGAGCAAUGCAAUUGGAAAGGUCAUAGAAGCACAGGUUAACAUGCCUGUUGUUGGAGCAAUUACUUUAUAUGUCUCUCUUCUGACGUUCACUCUUCAUGUCCAUCCUGAUCGGCUGGAUUAUGUGGAUCAAGUUCUGGGAGCAUGUGUAAAAAAGUUAUCUGGAAAAGCAAAGCUUGAAGAUAGUAGAGUAACGAAACAAGUUGUUGCGCUUCUGAGUGCUCCACUAGAGAAAUAUGAUGAUGUUGUCACUGCUCUCACACUUUCUAAUUAUCCACGCGUGAUGGAUCACCUUGAUGCUGCAACAAAUAAAGUUAUGGCAAUGGUUAUCAUCCAAAGCAUUAUGAGAAACAGUACUAGCGUGUCAACUUCUGACAAGGUUGAGGUUUUGUUUGAAUUGAUCAAAGGUCUUAUAAAGGAUAUGGAUGGAACUUCUACAGAUGAUCUAGAUGAAGAGGAUUUCAAGGAGGAGCAAAAUUCUGUUGCUCGCCUCGUUCAUAUGCUGUAUAAUGAUGAUCCAGAGGAGAUGUUAAAGAUAAUAAAUACCGUGUGGAAACAUAUAAUGGCUGGAGGUCCCAAACGCUUGCCUUUUACGGUUCCUCCACUUGUUUUUUCCGCUCUCAAGUUGGUGAGGAAAUUGCUAGGUCAGGAUGGAGAUGUAGCUGGAGAAGAAGUUCCAGCCACCCCAAAGAAAAUAUUUCAGCUCCUGAAUCAGAUUAUCGAGGCUCUUUCAGUUGUUCCAUCACCUGAACUGGCAUUGAGGCUGUACUUGCAAUGUGCUGAGGCAUCUAAUGACUGUGAUCUUGAACCAGUAGCUUAUGAAUUUUUCACACAAGCUUUUGUACUGUACGAGGAAGAAGUUGCGGAUUCUAAAGCUCAGGUGACUGCUAUACACCUAAUAAUUGGGACUCUGCAAAGGAUGAAUGUAUUUGGCGUUGAAAAUAGAGAUACCUUGACUCAUAAAGCCACAGGGUAUUCAGCAAAACUUUUAAAGAAGCCUGAUCAGUGCAGAGCAGUUUAUGCCUGUUCCCAUCUCUUCUGGGUUGAUGAUCAGGAUGGCAUCAAAGAUGGAGAAAGGGUACUACUAUGCCUGAAGCGGUCAUUAAGGAUUGCAAAUGCUGCUCAACAGAUGGUAAAUGUUACGAGGGGUAGCAGUGGACCAGUUACACUAUUUGUUGAAAUACUUAACAAGUACCUAUAUUUCUUCGAGAAGGGAAGUCCUCAGAUAACAGCUGCUGCUAUUCAGGGCCUCAUAGAAUUGAUAAAAACCGAGAUGCAGAGUGAUAGUACAACUUCAAAUCCAGCUUCAGAUGCUUUCUUUGCAAGCACCUUGCGUUAUAUUCAAUUUCAGAAACAAAAAGGCGGUGCCAUGGGCGAGAAAUACGAUCCCAUUAAAUUGUGA